AUGCCGGUUUGCGAGUUCACGACGUCUGGGGCUGCAGCUGGCACCAAGCCCUCCCCUGGUAUGCGCCUGCUGGUCCAUUCCUCCUCUCUUACUGGUGUUUGCCACUCCGAUUCGAUGUCUGGGGAGGCCGCCGACUCGUCCUCCUGCGUCUGCGAGGUUGGUUUUAUCAGGCUAACCAGGUUUCGGAAGAAGUAGAACGGCUUUAACUGACUUCGCUCAAAUUGAGCUCUGCAGUUCGGACAGUUGCGUGCAUUCUCUUUUAGCAAUCCCUCAAGGCAAGGUUUGUAGCAGAAGUAAUGCUGGCAAGGUAAGACCCAUGGAUCUGUCAGUCGUUCCAGGCAUAUGGGACAAGUGGCCAGCCGGUUGAACUCACUGGUAGAUAGCUCAAGUCUGUGCAUUCUGCCGCUCGUCUGCCUAUCAAGGUGCAGUUGGUGUGGACUGAGCGCUCCGCGCCUACUCGCUCGAUUGUCCUUCGACCAAUAAAAAAGAAAGUUCAAAAUUACCGCUUGCUGAUUGGUCGACGCAAAUGGCCAAUCAGACAACACGCCUUGUCAGGUCAACGCCCUGCGCCUGCAAGUGUCCAAAAAGAGGGUCAUUGCUGUAACGAACCACGAAUCUGACUGGGUUGUUUAAACGGACUGCAGUUAUUUUUGGCGCGAACCCAAGGUGGGAACGGUGUGGUCGCGUGUCUGCGAAGAUGCUAGUGUGCUUCCCCCUUCGCAAUCGCUGAUUUCCUUCCCUCCCAAUCGAACUUCACCGCAGAUCUUUUAGCUAUCUCUCGUUCGACGUCAGCAGUCCCCAGUGCUGCACUUCCCACCGGUAGUCUAACGGACAUAUCAAGACAGAUUGCAUAUUUAACGUUAUGCCCCUACCCAACGAUGCAGUCUGCUUCUCUCUGAUAACAGGGUCAAGUUUCCAACUCCUUUCUCGUUACAUUCAUAUGAUCGUGUUUGGUAUGAUGUCUAACGACUUAUAUGAGCGUUUCUAAUGCUGGAAAACUGCUGAGUGCUUUAUCGAACCGAGUGUAGCCCCCAGAAUGGGCCACGCGGUAGAUGGCCCGAACCAACAUUGAGCCCGGGUCCGAGUGCGGCGGGCGCUAUUGGGAAUGUGCGCGCAUGAAAAAUGCCAACAUUGGUGGUGUGGGGCAGGCCCGGAUGCAUGCGCACGCAGCGCUAAUUGUGAUCCGGAUCGCUUCCCGUUUUUGUUGUUCUAUAAAGUCUUGGUCAGUGUACUUUGUGGACCGGGGGCUGUGGUGUUACGGGCGGUUUUCUCCAUGACAGCCGCCUGUGCCCUCUCCCACUUUUGGCCUUCUUGGCUUUGUCUUGACUACGGGUCCAGUCGGGGGAGGAGGAGGAGGAGGAGGAGAGUACAGUAGAUGCUGCGCAAGUCGCCGUCCUUGCUCUUACCCUGCUGUGGAGUGCACGGUGGACAUCGUCGGCCACUCUUUCACACUUGCCUCAGCUAACUACAGUACGAUGCCAGCAGGCAUUUGGUCCCCAACUUGAGGUGUUUGUAAUCCUGCGAUGAAAAAUAUGGACCAAUCCGAAUUUUCCUGAAAGACGUAAUCGCACCAGCCCAACUCCGUACCAACUUGUUGCCAUCACCAGACGCGUGUCUAUGCUUACUGUGGUCUACGAUGGCCGAGUUGUACGCACCCAGUGCUCAUGUGAGCAUGAGAACUGAGUGCGUACAGCCUCCACGAGUCCCCGACCACUAACCAGGUUGUCCAGUUUUGAUAACCAGAUUACUGAAUCAUUGUAACGUGGAUUUGGAAGUAGGCGACUCUUGCAAUCGGACCCAAUGCAUUCAGCCUGGUCCAGCGGUUAAUAAUCGGUUAGUAUAUCAUAUAGCGACAGUGACGGGGCGGACAACACAAUCGUUUGAGUUUCCUUGGUAGUGAGGGACACAUUCGCCCGAACUUUGUUAGUGAAGUCGUAAAAAUGGCCAGCAAUGGAAUCACUUCUGCAGUAAUUUUUCUAUGAGACGCAUGGCCUGGCUGGUGAUGUAGCUGGUCCCACAUGCCUAACCCUGUGGUCUAAUCCUUGGUGCAGCACUAACGAACGCCAUUCAAAUACGCUGUUAACCUUCAGACAUUUGGUCGCCUCGUGUGCAAAUGUCCCCACUGUUAGUGGUAACAUUCGUAUAUUAACUGUUUCUGUCAUCUGUAGUUCAUCAGAUAGUUGCUGUUCUAACCAAGGUAGUAUGCAACACCCAAAACAUACCGCUAAACCAUGGAAUAUGGCAGUGUAAAGUGUUCCCAGAAAGUUUGCCUCUGUGGAUGUCUCAGAUGCUGCUCAUGAUUCUGCUUAUAGAACAAUCUCCUCAAACGGGAUUGGAGAACAUGGUGUCAAGUGUACGCAGUAAUUAGACUUCAGUCGCGCCUGCCUCGAUUGUUCCACGAUUGUGUGUUUAUCUUCGUAAACCCUGUGUCUCGGGUAACCGUAAAUGAAGAGGUUAUGUCGGUCAGAAUUAAGGUACCUCGGGGGCUACUCCAAAGACUCCACUCAGCCAAUUCAUUGGUUGUUGAAAACCUCAUUGAGGUAAUUGCGCACCACAUGGGCGUAAUGUGAAGCGAUCCCGUCCUAUGGUCACGCACUCCACGAUGGUUUAACGCGACAAUCACUGUUGACGGUCGAAUAGCCCUAAGAUGGGGGUAAGUCAGUUGAUUUCGAUAGUAGUCUGGUCGAAUAAUGACCUAAUUAUUUCUGUCCCAAUAAUACCGGCCCAGGCUAUAAUCUUAGGAUCAUUCUGCCGUCGACGUGGUUUGCCGGACUUCAAUGUGCAGAGGUCUGGGUUUGCAGCGCUUACGGGUUCAACAGCAGGCACAACACUCAAGCACAUUGGUCAUGAUAGCGGUCUUACAUGAAAUGAUUUGCUCGGAAGCGAUCUACUGGCUUCUGUUUUUAUCAUGACAGGUCGGCCGUCCCGAGCGACGACGACCACCGUGUGUCCCACGGAAUGGACGCAGCACCGAUGACUUGAGUGUGAAUUAGUUUAUAAUGAUGGUAGACUUACACAGCAUCUGCGGCACUCUCUCCUCCCUCACCUCUCCUGCUCCGAUGGCAAGACAGCGUCGAGCUAGGCACUAUUACCACCCGACAGUUUGACCGUCCCGAGCGACGAUGUCCACCGUGUGCCCCACGGAGUGGACGCAGUAUCGACGACUUGGGUGUGAAGUGGUGAGGCGGAUUUGCGUAGUAUAUACCGCACUCGCUCCCCAAUUAUCCACCUCGCUCCGAUGACAAGACAACCGGAAGUUGACUCGUGCCCAGUGGCUGGCAAAACUGAGCAGCCGCUCUACGCGUGCUACACACGACCUGGUCCCCUAAACAUGCAUCGGGAUUUCACAGAGGGUGACUCGGACCUCAAUGCGUGAAAGUUCCAUAAAGCUCGAACUGGGAGGGAGCCAUUACAGUGUGACUCUCAGUCCCCCAGUUCUUAUACAACUUGCCCCAGUGAUGACCAUCGGGACAUUCUAUGUUCGACAUGCAACAAAAGAACAUGGGUUGCCGGUACCCUAGAAGCAACAUGGCUUAGCUUGCAUUAUAUACCAUACUUGGCAGCUCAGGUACUAACUGAAAGUCCAGACAGAUGCAUCUUUGACUUUCUUCCGCUGCAUUUCACAGCUGCGAGGGGCUCGUCUCAUCAGUGGGCCCCCUCAGAAUUCCCUGUUUGAUUUCUGGUUGAUACUCCAGUUUUCGAAAUCGCACUUUUUUUAAAAAUUUCCUCGGGAGUUGGUCACAAACUUGGCUUUCACAACGAUGAAGGAGAUUCCCUAAAUCUCUCCCCACUGACAUCCCUCUUGUCGAUCCACAUGCUUGAACAGAAGCCUCUGCGUUAGAGCAGCGUGGUAUGUCCGUAAAGGACUUGCAACCGGCAAUCGCCGGCGUGCUUUAUAAGUCGUCAUUGCUAUUAUAUGAAACCUUUAUGGUCCGCUUUGUGUCGCACGAUCAAUAUCAGCUGCAUCUGCUAUGUCCCGCCCCCGUCAUAACGGUCCACGCAGUGAAUGCGUUGGACCAACAUCGAAUCCUUGCAGGCUUUAUCGGGAAUGCACACCCGUAACAAAUGCCAAAAUUCGGUGUGCGGUGGCAUGCCCAGUUGAAAUUCCUGCCGCCCCCCACAUUUGUUGUUUUUGUUGAAAAUCCUGGUCAAGUGUUUGUUGCGAGCCAGGGUCAGUGUACUUUGUGGACCAGGGUCCGUCUUGGUACGCCUAGGUGCAGAAUUCACUGUGCCAGUCACCUGCGCCCUCUUCUACCUCCGGUCUGCCUGACUCUGUCUUAACACCGGGCCCAGGUGGGGAAGGAGAGAGUGCGAUAGAUGCUGCGCAAGUCCACUAUCACUAUAAACUAAUUCGCGUGCAAGUCACCGUCCCUGCGCCCGCACCCUGCUGUGGAACACAUGCUGGUAAUCGUCGAAACCGACGGUUGAACUGUUAUGUCCCGCCCUCUCCUCCCAUAAAAUACUUAGUUGUGUUGCACCCUCCACAGCUGGGCAUCCUACGCUACCUGCCCGCCACCUCCGCCGCGGAUGCCACACAACACCGAGUCUGGGUGGACGCACUGCCUCGCUCCGGCGCCAUCUGCCCCUCUCUCUGCAACGCCCGUCAGUCCUGUCACGUCUCCCAGUUCGUCGUCGGCGACCGCGUGCUGGGCGUGGUGAAGAAGAAGACGAGUGAGAUGUGCCUCGUGGAUAUUGGCUGCCCCUCCACCGCCAGUCUCAGUCUCAUGGCUUUUGAAGGCGCCUCCAAGAAGAAUAAGCCAGACAUCCGUCUGCGAGACGUCGUAUUUGCUGCCAUCUCUCAGGCCGACCCAGGUACUUCCCGUUCUAGGCUCUUUUGGUCCCUCACCCCGGGAGGUCAGGUCCCCCGCGGCUGGCUGUUUCAGUACCUGGAAGCAAUGGAUGGAUGUAUGUCAGCUUUGGAAAACACUGGCUUAUGGCCUGAUUCUUGUGUGAACGGGCGUGAUUUGCCGUCCGGGUUAGUAUCGCCUUGCUGCCUUGCUGGGUUUUUUUCUGGAGGUUGAGGUCUACAGAAUUGGAUAAAAGAAACGUUUCUUUGACGAUACUCCGAGAUUUGGCUGGUUGAAGUAUUUCGUCUCCAAUAUGAAUUUAAAACCCGCAUGAUUUUCUGGUUCCGAAAAAUUUUGCGACGGCUUAACAGCUCCGCAUAGCUCCGUAUUUCCGGAAUUCCAGGUGUUUAAUUGUCUUUCCGUUCUAAGGGUUCUUUGAAUUUUCAACCGUGUAGGGACAGAAUUGUGCAAUUAUUUACCGUAAUGACAACACAGGUAUUAGCUAAAAGCCCAGACACGCGUGGUUCACCGAUCUUGUGCCGCUGUAUGACACAGCUGCGAGGGAUUCGGCUCAUCAGUGGGUCCCCCAGCCUUCCCGUGUGUUUUCUGGUAUAUGAACUCCAGUUUCACCUGGUUUAAUUUUCGAGGAAAUUAACGAGCGAGCUUGGAGCAAAUCCUUCGGAACAGACCUUUUCAGGCGGACUAAUAUUAAUAUUAUUAAUAUUAAUAUAAUAUAAUAUAUAUAAUACUAUAUGUAAUAAUAGUAAUAUAUGAUAAUAUAUAUAUAUAUAAUAUAUAAUGGUAGGGGGCGCUCACCGAUCGUUCAUACGGAACUCACUCGUUCCGUUGUGCCUUAAUAUAUAUAUAAUAUUAAUAAUAUUACGCGGAAUAACCGCGUAGUAUUCACAAACCGCCAACGACGCUGAACUGUAGUCUCACGCAACAGUGAUUGCUGGCGAGGCCGGAGUACUCGCUGACCGUGUCUGCGCAUGUCUGAGGAGGGGGAAGGGUGGCGAGUGCGUGUUCUUUUGGUCUGCUGAUUGUGUGUUUGCGGAGCUAGGCCGAGGGACUUGUACCCAGAUGCUCGCAUGCUGCGCCGCUUGAGGCCACAAUGGCUGGAAAUGCCUGGGCACGCGUGUGUCUGCCUUUUGAGGUCGUUUUAGGCCAUCAGUUGGUGGAUCCUUGGGUCAACGAAACUGGAAGUAGUCAUGUUAUGCGAAAAGGUCCCAGAAAACGUUGAUACUCGUUAGACGUUCAAGUAAUUAGUACACCACCUUAACAUUAUCUCUAGAUAGAUGUUUGAUCUCUAAUUACCCGUCUUCUUUAUGAUUAACAGCGACAAGACAGACAGAAAAGCUCAUUUUAUCCUACUGUUUCUGUUCGGUUGCAUUAUUUGCGUGGAAUGUUACUGUAGUCAGAAUGCCAUUCUCACCGACCCCAUGGGCUAAUGCACGCGAGUGUGCUUCUAAUCACUGAUGUAUGUCAUCAUCCCCUGCAGAUAUCUUCCAUUCCAAAUCACGAAGCUUAAAGGCAUGAUCUCAUGGUCGAGACGGCGGAUUUCUAUUCACUUGCGAGAUCUCUCCUACUACUUUGUUUGCAUAAAACAAAAAGAUUUUACGAGACUUCACGCGACUCGACCUGCAGAACGCCUGUUCAACUGUUCGUAUGCCCCAUGCACCGUGCCCGGGGAUCCAGACUGAGAACGUUUUUUUUAACAUCACCCCUUCCCUCCGCCUUCUUCGGUUAUCAGAUCUUGAAAUCGAGCUUUCCUGUGUCGACGAAGCCGGCAAGGCCGCCGGAAUGGGCAUUCUCGGUCGUUACGAGCCAGGCUCGGUGGGCAACGCCGGAGGCAUGAACGGCGGUGUCAUGAUCUACUGCUCCCUCGAGCUGGUUCGCCGGCUCUCAAACGAGGACACCUUCCCUCUCCUGCGAAAACUCAGUGAGGUGGGCCUCUACUAUCUCGCUUUUUCUUCCGAAGCUUUUCCCCACAACUUCACCUUCCUGUCGAGUCCCGGUUUAUGUUGCUGCCCGGCAUUUUUUUGCUCCUCUUCCUUCAAUUUGCUCCCCUCACUGCCGGGCUCCGCGGAUCCAGACGACUGUGGGCCGUCGACCACAUCCUCCAAUUGGCGUUGAAAUUACCCUCCUCUUCUUCUGUAGUGCUGAGGGUCUGAGACCACCCAUUGUGUGAAUUACUCGGUAUUACGCGAUUCUCAACACGAGCCUACUGGAAUUGCAAGGCACGCGAUAGAUGCCUAGUGCCAUAGACCAGUCUCAGGCGGGGUGCACUCACGGCUUGAGUCCAGGCUCCGUUGACCAUUGAGUCCAUGCUCUUACCAUCUGAGUCAUGGGCUCAUGCCCUGUCGACUACAAUCUCAAAUAUUAAAAGUGACAUGGGAGUGGCCGUUCAGCGGUCUGUCAUGAUAACAGGAAGGAAAGCGGGUGCUUCCUUUUGCCUUGGAUUCCCGGCCGAGAACCCACGGAGGUGGUUGCAUUACGAAGAAUUAUCGCUGUAGGGCCGGUCACCGAUCAGUUUACACAGAAGGCUCGCUCUGUUGCGCUUUGAAGCCCAAUCUAGAGCCCUGACAGAUGGUCGCACUGACCGCAAAUAUAUGCAGAAACUGGAGUGCCGAUAAAGACAAGGGAGACUUGAGUGCCAAUUUCUGGUUUAUUAGCCGUCAUCAGCCAGUCAUACCCAGCCUGGACUCUUCUGGUAAUUGAGCAUUAAAUCCAGCGUGCUGCCAUUGGUCCACGGGCCCGCUGUCCUGUCGGUUGCGAUCCUAACUCCUAAAUGUCAUGGGUACGUCGUUCACCGGUUGCCGUGGCCCAGGGGUAGAGCGUCGGACUUAAAAACACUCAAUGUGCAAAAAAUCCGGGUCCGAAUCACAGGUCCCGCAAGCGUGAGUUUGGAUAGGACUGGCCGACGACCUCUUAUAAGCCGGAAACGGCCAUCCCCCUCUCCCUCCUCUGUGUGCGUACCCCUUACUGCUUAAUUGAGAAUUGUUGCUGACAGAUUGAGAUGGACUCUUCAAGCUUAUUCAACGGUGUUUCCACUGGGCUAACGUUCAACCAUAUGCGGUUAACACUGCUGCGGAGGUAAUGCCGCAUCCAGUCCAAGUUGUUGAGUCGGCCUAGUAAUGACGAAGCUUGGCACACAAUCAGGUGUACCUCCUUAUGUGGCUGCGUUUUAUUAGAAGCGCAGGGUCUUCUCAUCCACACUCUACUCAUCGUAAGUAGCUGUUAGCACAAUGGACCGGUAUUCCUGGAGAACUCCGUCCAUGGGGGCCCCAGCCAUGCACAUCCGACCUGUGCUAAUUCGGCUGCUGCCAGACGUCUCAUGUCCCCAAUUUCCUCCUUAAUAGCUAAACGCAAUAAAGGCACGUGGCAGACGCUUAGUGCCAUAGACCAGUCUCGAUCACGGCUUGAGUCCAGGCUCCGUUGACCAUUGAGUCCAUGCUCCAACCGUCUGAGCCAUGGGCUCAUGCCCUGUCGAUUACAAUCUCAGAUAUUAAAAGUGACAUGAGAGUGGUCGUUCAGCGGUCUGUCAUGCCCUUGAGUCCCAACCGAUUGCCCACAGAGGUGGUCGCAUUACGAAGAAUUACUGUUGCAAGUGCGGUCACCAAUCAGCUAACAGGGCAGGAUCGUCUUGUUGCGCCUUGGGGGCGCUCGCAGAGACCGGUAAGAGAGGCGAAUCGACAAGACAAGGGAUACUGGAAUGGCCACUUUUGGCUUAUUAGCCGUCAUUCGCUAGUCGUGCUCAACCUGGAGUAUUCCGAUAAUUGAUCGUUGAAUCCAACGCCCUACCGUUGGGCCACGGGUCCGCUGCCCUGUCGGUUGCGAUUGGGACUCCGUUCUUCGUUCACCGGUCACCGUGGCCCAGGGGUAGAGCUUCGGACAUCCGACCUAUGCUAAUGCGGCUGCUGCCAGUCAUCUCAUGUCCUCAAUUCCCCCCCCCCCCCCCUUAAUAGCUAAACACAAUAAAGGAUUUGUUGUAGGCAAACGGCGACUGGAAUAAUUGACAACCGUCAACCACCGCAGUAAUCAGGACAGAAGUCCUCUUGGGAGAAGGGGAAAAACACCAGAAUGAAGCCUGAUAGUGGGCAGGGCCCUCGAUGUACGCCCCCCCCCUCCCCACAAGACCUGCCUGUACAUCUCACCACGACUGACUAACGUGUGAGAGCCAGUCAUGUUUGUGAUUUGAUCGGAUGAUUCUGGGGGAUGUGGACGUCUGCCGUUGACAACUGCCCUCCCCCCUACCGAAGCGGGUGAGUGCAUGCCCUAUCCACCCGAUCACGGGCCUUCACAUGCCGGGCUUGGUAAGGCCAAUGUGGCCCGGGGAUGCCCAAAGCCGACAUCCCAGCCAUAGAACGGAGUACAGGGUUUAAGAUGAAACGGCAGAUCAAUGCACAAGCAAGUUAGGACGUUUUGAAGAAGGAGACACGAUCGCUUGGACAAGGGCUUUAUUAGCUUAACGUUUCGGAUUCCUGUUCGAACCCAUCAUCAUAGACAAAAGCAGAUACGGGUGGUUCAGGCACAAGGGACGGCAGUAUUUAUAGGAUGCAGUCGCCGUGCAACUGCAUACCUAUGAAUGUUCACGGCUCCCCCUUCAUCAGGAAUCGUUGCACGUGGUAUGAUGACUGUUUGAUGGCCGACAUUUGCGUCGUUAAUUGCUGCAAUCUCAUCACAUGCGUUGGAUGUUGGUGUGCUGACUGCUGGAGACUGGAAUGGCCACUUUUGGCUUAUUAGCCGUCAUUCGCUAGUCAUGCCUAACCUGGACUAUUUUGAUACUUGAUCGUUGAAUCCAACGCCCUACCGUUGGCCCACGGAUCCGCUGUCCUGUCGGUUGCGAUUGGGACUCCGUUCUUCGUUCACCGGUCACCGUGGCCCAGGGGUAGGGCGUCGGACAUCCGACCUAUGCUAGUGCGGCUGCUGCCAGCCAUCUCGUGUCCUCAAUUCCCCCCUUAAUAGCUAAACGCAAUAAAGGAUUUGUUGUAGGCAAAUGGCGACUGGAAUAAUGGACUACCGUCAACCACCGCAAUACUCAGGACAGGAUCCCACUUAGGAGAAGGGAACAACACCAGAAUGAAGCUUGAUAGUGGGCUGGGUCCCCCUCCCCACAUGACCUGCCUGUACAUCUCACUACGGCUGACCAAGUGUACCUCACGUGUGAGAGCCAGUCGUCUUUAUGAUUUAAUUGGAUGAUUCUGGGGAUUGUGGACGUCUGCCGUUGACAACUGCCCUCCCCCCUACCGAAGCGGGUGAGUGCAUGCCCUAUCCACCCGAUCACGGACCUUCACAUGCCGGGCUCGGUAAGGCCAGUGUGGCCCGGGGAUGCCCAAAGCCGACAUCCCAGCCAUAGAACGGAGUGGAGGGUUUAAGAUGAAACGGCGGAUCAAUGCAGAAGCAAGUUAGGACGUUGUCUGAACCGGCAUCCUAUAUACGCUGGUUCUUUUUUCGAUAGAAUCUGCUCUAAACGCUAUUUAGGUACCGUAAAACCUGCCGAGUGCGUCUUCGAAUAAUACUCCCUCGUAGACCUUCACUAAAUGUAACCGGCGGUAAUAAUCGAAUCUCCUCCUUACAGAGCAGAAGGACUGGUAAGUUCACGCGUAGAAAAAAAGUGCAUGCGGGAAUCCACACAGAGAAUGGAUCAGUGAAGGGUUGUUCAGCAGGCCAGCUGUACUCACGUGGGGUCCAACAGUUACCAGUACGGCUUAGGCGAAUUACGGAAGGUACUUUUAAGUUGAGAGGUAUGAAGGGCUCGCCGGAUCAGUGGAACUGAGUGGCUGAUGUUUCGUAGUGCUUGGCUGGCUCUCCACUAUCAAAGCGUUUUGGAGUUGCGAAAAUUCCCAUAGCAGUAAUCAGAAGACGCGGUGGCAAGCGUACGUAGCUUUCGAUAAAUUCUCGCCGGGCCAGUACAAUUAAAUGGGAAGGGGUAGAAGUACAAACACGUCAGUGAUAAGAUAAAUCGAUUAAAGUUCGCCCUAAAACACAGGCUGGGUGGGGGAGGGAGGGGGGGGGGGUAAUAGCAGUCAGUGUCAGGGGCGGCGGUAGAGCGGAAGGGCGCGGGGAGAGUUGCACCGUUAGUCGACCUUCGACCAGUGUAGGCGCGGUGCCUGAACGUGGUUCUUCUGUGCGCAAAAGAUUGGUUUUCGCAACCUGAUGGCGGCCGCCUCUGCUGUUGCUAACAUGCGCUGCCCCAGUGGUUUAGGGUAGCUCGAUGGGACUUUAUAGAUCAUCCGAAACACUUCAUUGGGGUCUACAUGAUGCCCGGAAUCGACAACAUGCGCGAGAAAGUGUUUUGGGCAAAAAAUCGACCAGAAUUUUGAAUAAACGGUCGAAUUAGUUGGCCUUGGGCCAAUCGAUUUUUUUCUUCGCUGCCUUGGUCUUCUAACCACUGUCUGUGAGCGUCGGCAGCCUCCUGCGUUGUGUGUCGUCACCUCAAUGGUGUUCGGUUGCACCUGUCCCCCCGCCGUUUUGGUGAGCCCUUUGCAUUUCUCAGAUUACCGACCUGGAUCUCUUACGUUUGGUAACCUGUACUUUUAAGUUGUUUGACGUCAUAGCUUUCGCCCAGGCCUGCGAGUGCCCCUUACCAAGAAUUGCCAAUUAAGGUAAAAACUAUCUUUUAGACACACAAGAACAUUUCUUAUCGUUCACGGAAAUGCUGUAUUCAAGUCAUGCGUCCCCAUAUUUCAUCGCCGAGUCUUAAUUGCACAGUCCCCUACUACAACGGCAAUGCCUCAGUCACUCCGACUCUGCGCCUUCUAGUCGACUGUUGACGACAAAUGUAUCGACCUGCCGUUCGUCCUUUGUCGUUCUGCCAGUACGGGUUGUUUGUCUCAAAACCAGUUACCUCAGAUGCUCAACAGAGUCAGCCCCUUGAGGGGGUGGCUGUCGACUUCCGCAGGUCGUGCCGGAUGUCUGGUUUGACCAAUAGGCUGCUGCUGCUGCCUGGUUGAGGGAGAAGCUCGUCAGUGGCAAAACAUGUGCUAAUGACUCCGAAAGUUGUCGACAUCAUAAGUCGGGCUCAUUUCAGCCUGACUGCACCACAAGCAAUGCAUUUCCAAGUGGAACUCGUCGGGGGGGGGGGGCAUUGGACAGAGAGCUGUGCACGAAUAGCCUUCUCAAAACAAUCACGUGUUUGGUUAGCAUGUUGCCUUUUUGAAGCAGACUCGUUUGUUUUCCGAUCACCAGUUCAUCUCCUAGCGGUGCCCGAACUGAGGGCUUUUGAGGCAAACAAUCGCUGUGAUGCCGAUGCUGUUUGGUCGUCGCAAGUGGCGACGUCCAGCGCCUGUCCGACCCAAACAUGUGAUCCGCUUGGCAUCCACUACCUUAGACACAACACAUAUAUACUCAACAGCCCAAAAACCAAGACAAGUUAAGGACGAAGAGCAAUUCAUUUAUAUACCCUUACGAAAAUAACACGGAAGUGGCUGACUCCACGGCUUGUAGUAUUUGUUCAUGGUAACGAUUAAACUACCAGAAAAUAAUAUAUGAAAAAGUAGUGAACAUUAAGAGGCGUAGCGGACAAAGUGGAAAUAAAGGAUCGUAAACAAGCGUGUUUUACCCAAACAUAAUGACCAUGCUUCCCUAGCCUACAGUGUUUGACUACAUUACACUUUCAACAAGGCGGAAAUCGUAGCAAGCAGUAACUUGCUAUGAACCACAAACUCAGCUAGAAGACAGCCAAGGUGUAACUAGAGUCAAACUCUAAUCACGCAAAUCGGAAAAUGAUAAUAGCUGAAUGUGUGAAAGGUGUAUAACAGAAAAGCGACCAAAUGCGAAUAGGAGAGGGUACACGGGGGGAAGUGAAGUCAGAAAAGAAUGAUUAGAUAGAAGAAUUUUGUUUGGCUGUCCGGUGAUGGAUGAUUUGGGAGUCAAGGCAGAAGACCUAUAAGGAACAAAACCCAGGUCCAUAACUACUUGAACACCGAUGAGGUCCUCAUUUUAUCAGCCUACCAUACCAUAUUACCGGCAAAAUACAAUAAAGAGCAUUAGCUGAAAGAGCACAUGCUCAGCUUGAAUCCAGAGGUCUUUUCAUGAAGACAUAAUGAGGGACGAAGAAAAUUCAGCACCUUCUAGGAGUCCCCAGCUCCGCCUGAACGGGCCAAAGCUAUUUGGACAAAGUAACUCAAUUGAAGAAGAAGAAGAGUCGAGCACCAGAACAAUUCGUUUAUUAUCCUGAGCUUUCAGACUCGUACAGGAGUCCAUCGUCAGAGGUAGUGGCAGAAACAGGACAAGCGGCAGUCAUAAGGCACGUAGACCCAAUCAUCGACCGACGUCGCACGACUGAAGGUGACUACGGAGGGCUCUGUACGCCGGCGCCAGAUCGAUAAAUCGAUUGACCGAGUUCUCAUCCGAGGCCCAGGCUUCAAUCAAUUCUCGGCCUGUUUUGUUUCCGGCGUGGGCAACUAUUUUGGUGGCUGCGAAGUCAAACUCGUGACCCAUUUCGUAGGUGUGGGCGGCCACUUGGGAUAAUGCGUCGCCUCGCCGCACAGCCAGCUUAUGUUCAUGUAUGCGCGAUCCGAGCAUGCGUCCAGUCUGUCCUGUGUAACUCAAUUAUCCACUUUAUACAUUUAAGCAUUUUUUCACGAAAGCUUUGCAGCCAGACGCUGGGUUUCCUCCCUGGUGAUGAGAUUUCCAGACCCUGCCGCAGAUUUUUUCAAUCCGCGGGUUCAUGGGGUGUUUCGUCUUCAGCAAGUUGGAUACGAACUCAACUGGAUUCAGGUCGGGUGCUCGGAUUGGGUACUGCAGAAGAACUAACUCCGUUGGUUUCAAAAAGUCUCGGUCUAUUUUUGCAGUAGAAUUUAGUUCUUUAUUCAUCCGCACCAUGAAGAAGCCUGAAGCACUUGAUUUGAUAUGCACUGAGAAUGUGGUUUCCGACACUUUAAAGGCCCCCCUGAUCCCUUUUUCUGCCAGCCACAUUAUCAGCAACUUUAAGGAAACCCAAACACCUUCCCACCGCAUCACUGCCACCGCCGCACUGCAAAAACGACAAUCCCUGUGAUCCAUGGGCCAUUCACCCCCGUCCUCUUACCAUCAUUCUCGCACACGUUAGUCAUUGUUUGUACGGCAGGGUUGAGGGAGGGACGGCUCGAUGAAAAUUUUGCAAAGUCCACUACCAAAUACGACAAUUAGAACACCUGUCCAAUAUAGUCCGGUUCGCGGUUAAAGUUAUGCUCACUGCUCUUUCGGCCGUUUUGACACUCUAAGGCUGUGGGAAGAUUAUGAAAUGUGUUCCAACUCGCCCUUAAUUUCACUUUUUUCACAUCAAUGCUAAAUGGCAUUGACAAUGGCGUUAUCCUGGGCACCUGUUUGUUACCUCUACGCUUUCACCCUUUCGUCUCCUGCCUUCCAGAAAUUCCCCUUCGAAAUCUGCGUCGGCUGCAACGGUCGCAUCUGGCUCACAGCACGAUGUCCCAGGGAGACAAUGCUGCUUGCCAACAGCAUCGCCAUAGCUGACUAUGUGCCGCCGGAGGUGUCUCUUCAGCUGGCAGAAGAACUCUGUUGA